CAUAAGUGGGAAGCCACCGACUUCUGCAAAUGUAUUUGUUUUGGGUCGAACUAUACCAUUCUGCGCAUGCAGAUUCCUGACAACCCCAAGCAACCCUGUCUGUCAUGCACGAAGCAAUGGUGCCUCAACCAGAACUUGCCCAUUUGCGCUGGUGCGAAACUCGGAGAUGCUGACCCAGAUACAGCCACUGGCAAAGAGGGUGAUGUAGAGGCGAGAUGCUUCCAGCGCGAUUCUCCCAGGGACCAGCUCGUAGUGACGCUGUUCCUCUUGACCGUAUUCGGCCUUUUGCUCGGUGCCGGCAUUAAGGGUCGAAUGGUCAAGGCAGGCCUCGACACAAGCAUACCGUGGGGCGCAGGCAGAAGGUGGUGGGAUGUAUGUGCUCUCAGCUGUCUACAUUUUGUCCGCAUCUGA